AUGGCGCAGAAAAGAGUUCAGCUCGACCUGGAAACCUUCUCUUGUUCCAUCUGUCUGGAUCUACUGAAGGUUCCGGUGACUACUCCCUGUGGACACAGCUACUGCAUGAACUGUAUUAAAAGCCACUGGGAUGGAGAGGAUAGUAAGUCCAGCUACAGCUGUCCUCAGUGCAGGACGACGUUCACACCGAGGCCUGUCCUGCUGAAAAACACCAUGUUAGCAGAUUUAGUGGAGGAGCUGAAGAAGACUGGACUCCAAGCUGCUCCUGCUGAUCACUGCUAUGCUGGAGCUGAAGAUGUGGCCUGUGAUGUCUGCACCGGGAGAAAACUCAAAGGAUACAAGUCCUGUCUGCAAUGUCUGGCUUCUUUCUGUGAGAAACAUCUUCAGCCUCAUUAUGAAUCAGAGACAUUCAAGAAGCACAAGCUGGUGGAGCCGUCCAAGAAGCUCCAGGAGAACGUCUGCUCUCGUCAUGAUGAGGUGAUGAAGAUUUUCUGCCGUACUGAUCAGCAGCUUAUCUGUUAUCUCUGCUCUGUGGAGGAACAUAAAGGCCACGACACAACAGUGGCUGUGUCAGAAGUCAGAGAUAAGCAGAAAAGGACAAACGUCUCACUGACAGGGACUGAAGUGGAUGUUUUACUGCCACAACCAGAGCCCAAUGUGAUUUCACGUGAAUAUUUUAAGAAUUCAGCUCUGGUCUGGGGCUCUGGUUGUGGCAGUAAAACGUCCACUUCAGUCCCGGUCAGUGAGACAUUUGUCCACUUCUCUAUCAGAACGUCCUGUAGUUUAUCUCUGACUUCUGACAUGGCCGCUGUCAUGUCCUCAAAGCAGCUCAGAGGGGAUGAUGGUGUUGAUUGGCUGGUGUGA